AAGCACAACAACAAAAUGGUGGAGUCCGCGCCGAGUUGCAUUUUUUGAGAUGCGGUAGCGAAUGUUUAAGUUGUGCAUCUGUUUCACGGUAAAAGCAGUGAAACAGUUGGAAAAUGUCGUCCGUAGAUAUCGAAGACACUUCGAACGUGGAGGCUGAAACGUCAUUUGAGGUCCGUCUCUACAUUUACGACUUGUCCAGAGGUCUGGCGAAGUCUCUAUCUCAAGUAUUUAUAGGUAAACAGCUUCCUGGAAUAUGGCACACAAGCAUAGUAUCUUACGGCCGCGAAUACUUCUUUGGGGCCAUGGGAAUCGAAAGCUGUGGAGCGGGAGAAACGAUCUUGGGAGAUCCGGACCAGAUCCUUACCCUGGGGGUCACGGAGCUCCCGUACAGCCUCUUUCUGGAGUACAUUUUUGCUCUAGGAGAGUCCUCUUAUAAACCUCACACGUACGACCUUUUCAAGCACAACUGCAACAACUUCACGCAAGAAGUGGCAGUCUUCCUGACGGGAAAGUCGAUACCCAAGGAAAUCCUGGAGCUUCCCGAAGAAAUACUCAACACGCCAUUGGGAGGCACGCUUCAGAGCUACUUCAACACCCUCUCCCUGAGGAGCGAGGCGUCCCGAGGACUCAGUUUUUCCGGCCUCGGUCCACCCGCGAACUUCAUUCCCUUUGAACCUUCAGCCCGUCGGAAUACCAGGGGUUCAGAGUCGCCAGAGUUACAGCAGGCUCCAGUAAGUCGACAGCCUGCUCGCGCAAUGUCUUCCGAAGAACGGCAACCGUCGGAGGGUUCGCAGGAAGCCCGGCGAGACAGCGAUGCAGACGACGCCCCUCUGGAGAGGCCAUCUCCAGUGCGGAAGACGCGCCGCUAUCCGGAUCCUCCAAUUGUCUUUCCAGACGUUGAUGGAGUGGGAGCACUGAAAGAGCUACAGGACACCUUGAAAGAUGUGCUCAAUGACACAGAGCAGACUGCUUUGAGGGAACUCAACGAGUACCUCCUGACAGAGAAUGGAGCCUGGGCCCUGGGUGCGCCACAACUGGAGCUCAUGGGGAGACUCUUCACGGACAGCAGCCUUCCAAAGCCUGCACGUGUGCUCCUGCUGCGGGUUCUGCAGGCAAUGGCACUAAAGGAGGACGUGAUUCUCUUCCUGCACCAGGACAGACAGGGCCACUGCAUCAUGAGCUAUGUCUACCGAAUUGAGAAUCUCCCGCCAGAAGAGCAAGACCUAGUCUUGGCACUGCUGUGCAACCUGUGUAGCAAUACAAGCAGCUUCGAUUGGCUCCUGUACAUAUCGGAAUGGACGGAGGAAGGACAGCCCUGCAACAACAGCAGGGUGACAGUUCGGGCGGCAGUCCACGGAUUGCUCUGCGACAGACCCGAAGUUCAGAACAAGAGUGCGGGUCUCAUGUACAACCUGGCACUGAAGGAGCUGUUCGACGACGUUGCCACUGAACUGUCGACAGCCGUCCUUCAGUAUCUGCACGGUGACAUCGCCGAAGAGCAAGCAUUCUACGCUUUGACCGCCUUGCUGAGAUUCCUCCAAAUCAGCUAUAAUGACGUGCCCGCGCUCAUCAAAAUGCUGGGGCCAGAUCUGCAGAAAUUUUCCGGGAAAUCUCAGCGUGUGGACAAAACGGUGGAAGAGAUUCAGUUCAAGAUGUCCGUCUCCAUCUCCGCUUGAGGGAAAGAGUGACCGUCGCUCCAGGACGCGACCGUCCCGCAAAAAAUACUCCCAAUGGGCGCUCUUUGGUGAAAGACUGCUCUCAACUUGGUUGUGGACGCUGGAUUAUUUCCGCACUUGCCUGCUCCUAGAGCCUCCCGUGCAAUGCAAGCUGUACGAUGCUUAAUUACCCCGAGCGGCAGCUUAUGCGUACGGCACUAAGAAGCGUAAUUUUUUAAACGGCGGGUACAAAGUGAAAACAUGGGUGAGAUUUUUUGGGGUACGACUCAUUAUUGAUUAAACAGUGCCUAUUUUACGUGGGAACAAAUGUGGCCAGUGUUUGGUGGGAGCGCUUAUCCUGAGGGGUCGAUAAAAAUACUAAAAUAAAAUAAAGACGAGAUAAAAAUCUGUUUUCUACUAACCGUUGCACCAUAUUAGGAGGUCAGCUCGCUGUUUAUGGACAAGCUGAUAAAAGUAUAUAAAAAAAAAAGAAAAAGAAAUGACACGCACUCAUUAAAUAUUAGGCCAUUAAAUGUUAGCCAUUAAAUUAUGUGGCCAUUAAAAUAUUAGGUGGGAGCUAGGGUAAUGCCUCGUACGCGAUUCCUGAAAGGAGCGUUCAGGGCACCUCAGACACAUUUUUUCCCACGUGACUUGGUAUUUUGCCAAAUGCAUUUAAAUGUGCGAUAGCUUUAAAUGGGCAUCUUCCCAACCUGAUCUUUGGUUGCCCACACUCCUUUGAGUUGCAAUUAUAAUGUUUCCUUCUCUCCUCUUUCCACAAGUGGUACAGAUUGCCCUACAAAGCUAUUGCUUUAAAAAGGUAAAUUAUUAUAUAAAAAAUUUAACACCGUUGUGUACCAGACUAUGGAGAUUCAAAGACUUCGAUGCUCUAUCCAGCAUAACGCAUACAGAACGGGAAAAAAUUAGCUUAAAAAAAACAAACAAGGGACCUAGGUUGAGAUGGACUAUCAGUAUUUUUGUUUUCUCACCGCAGCAAUAACCAUAUCUUUUCAAAUCCAAGUCAUUCGGUCAUGCUUAACCUUCCCAGUCCCGCAUUUGCUACUAAACGAGGACGGCAUUUUUUUUUACUGCGAUAUUUUUAUUCGCCGACUUUUUUCCUAGUUUGCGUAAGCCAUCCUUUUAUCUCGCACUUCUGGCGUGUUUUUCUAAGAGACCAGCAAUAUUCUCAUUUUUUAAUAAUGCUCAGCAUUAAGCGUUCGGUGAGGUCCGGGCGGCGUUACGACGACGGGAGGGCAUAAAUAAUGUUUAUACACAUUUUAUACAUGUGGCAAAGAAAUAAAUUAUGUGUACAAGCA